GGCAUGCAUUUUGAAAAGAAUAACAUCAAACAUGGAUGUCAGUUUUUGAAAAGCAUGUGGUGUAGAAAAUCGAUCUCCUUUGCCCUGAGAGCAGAUUCUGACAUUCCUGCGCCUGAAAAGUAGCCGCAUCUCCUUGGAGAAUGCCCAUCUGCAGGGAGCUAUAACAUAACUAGCAAGGCGUGAAAGUAUCUGAUGUGUCAGCUCCGAUGCCCUCGUUAGCAAAAUCUGUGUGCACAAUGUCAAAAAGGUGUUACAUUAAUUAAGAGGAGUUUGGGAACAAUUUUUGUGACAAUGUAUUUGCAGCAGAGAGGUAACAUGGAGCCAUUUCCUGAAUAGCAAGGGGUGCUCUUCCUGAUGAUAAUGAAGUGGUCUAGUGGAUGAGCUGUGGAAAUCACAGUUUCAUGUUGUAAAUAUCAGUAUUUUAUGUGUAAGUCAACACAAUUAACUGUGUUUUUAUGUGGCAUUGCCUUUUUAGAAAUAUGUGUGUACUGUGGGCAUGAAGACAGGGGUGCAGCAGAAUGAAAUGUGUGGUUCUGCAUUUUGAGCAACUGUUACAUCCAGAUAUUUGAGGGCUGGAACAAAGUCAAGACUGCCAUCUCUCAGCAUUUAUACAGAGAUCUUGCUGGGAGCCAGCAAACUGCCAGACACCAACAUCAUCGCGCGAUGCCACGCCUCGUCACGUUCGACGUAACCAACACGUUGCUGCGGCUGCGCGUCUCGCCGGGCACGCACUACGCCGCCGUUGCGGCCGAGCACGGCCUGCACCUCUCGGCGGCGGAGGCCGACUGCGCUUUCCGGCGCCAUUUCGGCGCGCUGAACGUCGAGUGGCCCAACUUCGGCCGCGGCCUGGCCGGCGGCUGGCGUGUCUGGUGGAGCACGCUCGUCGAGCGCGUGGUGGCCGACGCCGUCGUCGGGCCGCCGCCCACCGCUGCUGCCGGCGCCCCGCUCGCCGACCGCCUGCUGCGUGACUACGCCGGCGCCGCGUGCUGGCGCGCGGCCGACGGCGCCGCGCCGCUGCUGGCCUCCCUGCGCCGCCGCGGCCGCCGGCUCGGCGUCGUUUCCAACUUCGACCCGCGCCUGCACGUGCUGCUGGACCAGCUGAGGCUGCGCGAGUAUUUCGACUUCGUGAUCGCGGCGCACGAACACCCGUUCUGCAAGCCGGACGGUCGGAUCUUCGAGCUGGCGCGGCGGACGGCGGGGGAUGUCGAGCACUGCACGCACGUGGGCGACAGCGUAGAGAUGGACUACCGGGCGGCGCGCGCCGCCGGCUGGCGCGCGUUACUCGUUGGGGGACCGUACCAAGAGAAGGACGUGGAUGUGGCGCACGUCUGCCCGCGCCUGGAGGAUUUGGAACACUAUCUGGACUGACAGUAAUGACGACAGAGUGAACGUGGGGUUUGUCUGGCAGUGUGCAGGUGCCAGCGUUGGGUGUGCCAGAGUAAUGGCCCAGCCGUGGGGGCUAUGGUUAUGGAUGGAUGUGUUCCGUGCUUUGUGAUAAAGCCAAGCUCAGGAGGAAUGUGCUGUGGUAACGGCUGUCACUCAAAGUAUCGGAUAGUGUUCGCGGAAUGCACAGUGAAUACAAUAAA